AUGUCUUUAGCUCGUCACAUCCUCCGCUCCUACCGAGCAACCCCCAACCCUCUACCAACCAUCCCUCGCAUCCCCAUUAACCACUUCUCCACCACCCGACCCAACCGCCUCCAAACCACCGACAAGAAGAACCGGAUCCCGGAAAAAGAAGUCCCUGUCACAGACUACGACGCCGGCCACAGCACCGCCCACAAACACACCGUCCACGUCUUCCCAGAUAACCCCAAUGCCCUCCACAACAUCCCCCCAGCCAGCCAAGAACAAGAAUCCGUCAACCCGCUCUCCCGCGAUGUCUACGAACAAAUGCCCCACACAAUGCGCAACAUGAGCAUCUUCGGCAAGACAGUCAUCAUCACCGGCGGCGCCCGCGGACUGGGAAACCACAUGGCCCGUGCCUGCGCUGAAGCCGGCGCAAAGAACAUCGUCAUCUUCGACGCCAACCAAGAACUCGGCGACCAGGCCGCAGCCGAGCUCCACGAUAAAACAGGUCUACCCAUCUCCUUCUACCGCGUCGACGUGCGCGAUGCCGCCGCCAUCACCGCCUCCGUCGAGGCAUGUGUCGAGAAAUACGGCGUCCCCGACGUCCUGAUCAACUCCGCCGGCAUCGCAGACUCAAACAUCAAAGCCGAAACCUACGACGUCGCCAUGUUCCGCCGCCUCAUCGACAUCAACCUCACAGGCUCAUUCCUCAUGUCACAAGCCGUAGGCCGCGCCAUGAUCGCCGCCCGUAAACCGGGCAGCAUCAUCCUGGUCGCGUCCAUGUCCGGCUCCAUCGUGAACUACCCGCAAGAACAGAGCUGCUACAACGCCUCCAAGGCCGGUGUAAUUCAACUCGGCAAAUCGUUGGCUGCCGAGUGGGCCAAGAACGAGAUUCGUGUGAACUGCAUUUCGCCGGGGUACAUGGAUACGGCGCUGAACCGGGUUCCAGCCCUGGAGGCCCAGAAGAAGAUCUGGAAGUCGAUGACGCCACAGAAUCGGUUGGGUAAUGUGGAUGAAUUGAAUGGGCUUUGUAUUUUCUUGGCUUCGGAUGCGUCGAAGUUUAUGACUGGUGCGAACUGUGUGAUUGAUGGUGGUUAUACUUGCUAUUAA